UGUAUGUGUGAGAAGGAGACGCCGAGUCCAGAGAGAAGAUGAGAGGAGCGGCAUUGUGUCUGAUGCUCUGUGUCCUCAGCUCUGCACACCACAGAGUCUCUGGCUUCGAUGUUGCUCUGCGCAGGCCGACUCUGAACCCCGACGGCACGGUGUCGGUGAGCUGCGAGCACAACUCUGGCGACGCCUUGGCGCAGUACGACACCAAGCUGAUGAGCGAGGGCCAGAUCAAGUGCCAGGACAAGAUGGCCGGCUGCAGGACGGAGAAGGAGGGCUACCAGAAGGUCACCUUCACGCUGUGGGCUCUCCAGGCCCGCGACGCAGACAGGCUUUACCUCUGCAAAGUCACCAGGAUGAGCGAGCAGAGCUUUCCACCCAUCACCUCCAAGGACAGCAAGGAGACCACGCUCUUUCAAGACUGCAGGAUUCCUUUCCCUCCUCCGCGGGCCUCCAACUCCAGCACCCCGCCCCCCACCUAUGCCCCACCCUCCACUGCUCCAGUGUCUGUGGCUGGCUCCUCGGGGCCCCUCUCCUCCCCUGUUGACCCGCUGCUCUGGGUCCUGGCUGCUGCCUGUGGCCUGCUGGCCCUCUACGCACUCACCAUCACCCUGCUGCUCAUCAGACUCAAGGUCAGUAGGCAGGAGGUGUUGUAUGACACCCUCACGUAUGUCCCAGUGCAGCACCUCCAGACCCGUCCCCAAGGCCAGGUGGUGCGGGGCGUCAGAGAUCCCAGUGAGGAGUACAUGGACAUGCGCGAGGUGCAGAACAAGAGCAGGAUGCCCCGGGACCUCAACUACAACUCCCAGCACGCCUUCACCAAUGGCAUUGCUGCUUAGAACCUGACCUUAGGCCUCAGCUAAUGGCAUUGGUGCUCAGAAGCUGACCUCUGUAUGCCUCAGCCAAUUGCAUUAUUUCUAGAAACCUGAAUUCUGUAGGCUUCAACCAAUGGCAUUACUGCUUCGUAAUAGGGGUUCUUUGGCCUAUGGAGCAGAACAUUUGCCAAACAUCCCUUCAUAUCAUUGCACCCCAAAUUACUGUUACUGAUUGUUUUAAAUUGUCAUUUUAAGGCACAAGUGAGAUGAAUAGUAACUGUUUUUAUUAAUUAAAUGUGACCUUGCUGUAGCAAUUCCUUGUUUUGUGCUGUAAUCUGUCACUGACCACUUGGCAAUGCACCACGGACCCCCAGGGGCCCACCUUAUAGUAUUUGCAUUUGUGUUUGUAGUUAAAUUGCCAGGGACAAUGCAGUGCACAUUAUUACAA